CUCUCCCCCUUCAAUUCACUGGCCAAUUCCUGUUGGUGGCCGGUGGGUGCCCACACCAACCAUUGAUCCAGCCCAGACCCCCUCUCCCUGCCUCCUCCUUCUCUCUCUCUCUCUCUCAUCUUUCCUCCAUCCUGCCCAUUGAUCUUUCUCUCUUUCUAACUCAUGUUUUGGGACAAAAGAGACGGUAAUGCUGUUAGUUUUUGAGGAGAGGGAGAGGGAGAGGAGGAGGAAAAGGAGAUGGGGAUGUAGGAUGUAAGCUUUUCUUGUUGUAAGGAAAGCUUAGAGCUGAGCUGACCCCAUCUGUUGACAGUUCGGAAGGUUGUAUAGUCUACCAUCGUUUCUUCUAAGAGGGAUGGAGCAAAUUCAACGGCAGGACAAUGCCGGUGGUCGGCAGUUUGGAGAUACAACGUACACAAAGAUCUUCGUCGGGGGGCUGGCAUGGGAGACGCAGAGGGACACAAUGAGACGUUACUUUGAGCAGUUUGGGGAGAUAUUAGAAGCUGUUGUGAUCACGGACAAGACCACAGGAAGAUCAAAGGGAUAUGGCUUUGUCACAUUUAAGGAUGCAGAUUCAGCAACGAGGGCUUGUAUGGAUCCUUCGCCUGUGAUCGACGGCAGAAGGGCUAACUGCAAUUUGGCCGUUCUUGGAGCCCGUCCGUCUAACUCGACCGCUCACCACCAAGGAAGUGGUCGGUAUAGAAUGGCGGCCGGAUCUGCCGGAGCUCCGGCUUACCACCCAUCUGGGACUUCUUACCGUCAGCAGCCUCAGUACACAUUCCGCCCAACUGCUCCUUAUCAAACUUACGGCUUUACUGGUUAUCCUCAAGAAAACAUGUACGCCAUGGCAUAUUACAAUCCGUUUGGUGGUAACCAGUUGCCCAACUACUAUGGAGGGCUAGGGAUGCUGCCCAACCCAGGAAUGUACCCAUACUACGCACAAUACCCACAAAGCAGUAUGCAAUACCCUCAAGUGGUUCAGUAUCAUCCUUAUAUGCCCCAGCAGCAGCAUCCCGGAACUCCCAUUCUCUCCUUACCCACAAAUGUUCAGUCCAACACAGUCUGUGGUGAAAUGCAGCCGGCAGCGUGACGGCGACCACAGCAACUGCCUCCCCUGCCUCCUCCUCUCAGCCACCGCCAUCAGGUGGCAAUGCUGAGCAGAGAACUUCUCCCUCCUGAGGUUUUCUAGCGUUAAAAUUUUGUGGGUGGUCGUCAGGGAGAUGAAACACCCACUGGCAGGAAGACCAAAAGAAGGAAAUUAACAGCAUUUGAUGUUCUUCUCUUUCUACUCCAUAGUUUUCAGCUGGGAAGGAAUUCGUGAGCGCGCCUGAUGCUCUCUGCGUUGAGUUGGCGAAAUAGCGGAUUAUUCAAGAAAAAGAGGAAUGAAGGGGGGGUUUUUCAUGAAUCGUGAGGCAAUUCAUUGUUGCCGAUCAUUUGAGAUUCUUCUGGGGAAUGGGUGGUUUUUUUUUUUAUUUGAAACUUUUACUCUUCAAUUUUUUUAAAUAUUUCUUGGAAUACGGCUAAAUGGUCAACCAAUAAAUUUGUGGUCGAUCUAUAUUUUGACCAAGACUGACACCUCUAGGAAGUCGUGACAUUCACGCCCACAUCUACGUGCACAAAAAUGUGGACCAGAGAGUCUGACUGUGAUUUUUCCCGCGAGCAGUUUUUUACUCGGUGGAUUCGCAUUUUUUUUUUUACUUUUUCUCGUCUUUAGAUAUAAAAAUUUUGUUGUGGCUGUUGUUUAUCUGCAAUUGCUCGUUC